AAUUGGGCAAUUAGUGAAGAGAAGAUAGCCAUUGGAGGAAAGCUUAGUCUCAAUUCCAAGGUUGAACAAGGUCGACGGUGAAUCGCAGGGUCGAAGCCGAGGUUCUUUCGGAUGUUCUUGGGAGUAUACUUAAUAAGUGCAUGAGUGGUGGCACACCUAAUCCUAAACUCAAGCGAAUCAGGAAAUAUAUUGAUUCGGUAAACGUCAUAAGUCAAGAGAGAUUAAUCCACGCUUUUCAAAUUGAUCAACCAGAAGAAGUCAAACCAGAGGAAGUUGAAUCAACAGAAGAUAGUCUAGAAGGAGCAAAAAUGGGUGAAAGAACCUUGAAGGAGAUGGCAGCCCCAAAUACGGGCGAUGAUCGUCUCUGCAUUGUGUUUCCAGAGUUGGACAAACCCCUCAAACUGAAUUCAGGUUUCUUUAAUCUUCUUCACAAAUACUAUGGGAAGUCAGGUGAGAAUCCUCAUCGACAUUUAAAAGAGUUUAAGGUUGUUUGUUCUUCUAUGAAUCUUGAAGGAAUUGAACAAGAUCAUAUUAGACUGCAUGCUUUUCCUUUUUCUUUGCAAGAUGUGGCUAAAGAUUGGUUGUAUGAUCUUCCUGCUGGAUCAAUUACGACUUGGAAUGUUAUGGCAUCAACUUUUUUAGGAAAGUACUUUCCAGCAAGUCUAAUUGGAUCCAUCAGGAAGGAGAUAUGUGGCAUUAGGCAGCAUGAUAAUGAGUCCUUGUAUGAGUAUUGGGAACGUUUUAAGAGAUUGUGUUCCUCCUGUCCCCAACAUCAGAUUAGUGACCAACUAUUAAUUCAAUACUUUUAUGAAGGCCUAUUGCCUACUGAUAGGGGUAUGAUAGAUGCUUCGAGUGGGGGGGCACUAGUGGAUAAAACACCAACCCAAGUUAGGCUUUAA